UCUCCAGUUCGGCAGCUGAGCAGCUCCAACCACUCUCCUCGGGUACUUAAGGCAGCCCGUGUCCCAACCUCUAGCUUUGCAACCCCCAGACUCCAGCUCUGCAACCCCCUGGUCUCUACCUCUUGGUCUACACAUCACGUGCUAAAAAAAAGUGCAUCUCAGAUCCCCCAACAAAUCCAACAAAUUACUCUUCGUUACGACUCAAACUUUACAUUAAAAUAAAGUGCCAACCUAAUGAUUCAUUAUUAACAUUGGUGUACCUCAAGCAGGCCAGAAGCUGCGUAUGGAAAUUGCUCCUGGAUGUCAAGUCGAAGCUGAAAAAUAAAACAAUAUAUGCAAAUACGAGUUCUCUGCCUAAGCACUGUCUCUGGAACUAGUCGUGGCACGCAGCUACCUCUGGAACCGAAGAAGAACUAGCAGCAGGCGAUGAACCGGCGAGAUUAGAUGUGAUAUUUACCCUGAGGAAGUCGGACAUCAAAGUAGCCUUGGUCUAGAACGCAAACUAACAGAGGAAGCGAAAUUAGGCGGUGCAAGCACAGGCAGGUACAGUCAUGACAGAGAACUGAAAAUCACGACACUAACAAUGGAUUAAAAUGUUGCUAUGGUUUGUGAUACAUGCAGCUGGGAGAGUGGACGAAGGUGACAAAGGUGAAGGAGAACGUUGACGACCUUCCAUUUGUAUAACAUUACCAGGUAUUCCCUGUUAGUGACUAUCAUGACCGUGGAGGUGUAUACUAUAGAGGCAGCUGGAGGCAGUGGAGCAGCUGGAGCCUUUGCUAUCAUGAGUGUUUUGGUCAACACCACCACCACCACCACCACCACCACCACCACUUUCCCACCUACCUCCAACACUGACUACCUUCUUGACCAAAACAACGCUACUGACAACAUCACGACGCAUGCAAACAGCGAUAGUUACUGUAGCACGGAGGGCUGGGACAGCUUCCGCCACAGUUACCAAGCACUUCACGGAUGCAUGUCACUGGUGGUGUGUGUCUUCGGCUCCGUUGCCAACGUUAUCAACAUGAUUGUCCUCACAAGACGCUCUAUGCUAUCUCCCACCAAUGCUGUCCUCACAGGCUUGGCGCUGACAGACCUCCUGGUGAUGGUUGAGUACAUCCCUUAUACCAUGCCAUACGUGUGGCAGGGGCGAUCUCUGGCCUCGCAGUACUCAUGGGGAUGGGCCGUCUUCGUGCUGUUCCACGCGCACUUCGCUCAAGUUUUCCACACCAUCUCUAUCUGGCUGACCGUCACUCUGGCCGUCUGGCGAUACAUAGCCAUCGCCUUCCCUCAGAACAACACUACCUGGUGCUCCAUGAGUCGAACUCUCACGGUUAUUGUAGCAGCCUUCUUCUGCUCGCUAAUCUGCAACAUUCCCAACUACCUCAACUUCACCAUUAGCAAGAUGGAACACAAAGGGCAAACGCUGUAUAUUGUGGGUUUCAGCGACCUAGCACAGGCUCACGGAGGCUUAAUGAAGAGCAUAAACUUUUGGAUCUAUGCCGUCUUACUUAAGCUGCUUCCAUGUGGGGCUCUUACUGGCCUCUCUUAUGCUCUCAUUCAGGAGCUAUUACGUGCUGCGAGGCGGCGCACCCAGCUCAUGAAAAGGAAUUCAUCGGGUCGAGGAACAGAUGCCGGCCGACAAGCCGAUCGCGUCACUAAGAUGUUAUUAGCCAUUCUUGUUCUGUUUCUUGCUUCCGAAGUUCCACAAGGCAUCCUUGGCCUUCUCACCGUUAUUCCGGACUCUGGAUUUUUCCCGUGUUAUCAGAAGCUCGGAGAGAUUAUGGAUAUGCUGGUGCUCUUCAACAGUGCCAUCAACUUCCUCUUGUACUGUUCCAUGAGCCAGCAGUUCAGGGAAACCUUCAGAAACCUGUUUAAGUCUUGUUGCAUGUCUGUACUGACACUCCCAGCUUCCAGGUAUACUCCCAGCUGGAAAGCCGUACCCUCAGUAGAUUCAGGCCGCAACGCGAACAAUACUUGUGUUACUCACGUCUGAACAAGUGUCUCAGAAAUGAUGCUGUAUAAAACAGUGUUUGAUUCCUUUUCUUCCUAUAGAAUCAAAGAGUGUUCAUCUCUCCAUAGAACCACGAAACAAUAUUUGCUUCUCAUUGUAUAUACUGGGUUAACUUAUUUCUUUAUUUUAUGUUAGAGUAAUAUUUUAUGAGCGAAGGUAAAAGAUAAUGGUAUGUCCCUCCCAAAACUUGACUGUGACAAGACAACAUUCGUAAUGAAUCCAACUUAGUCUCUUUGUUGACACAAUUGUGGAUUGAGUAAAACCUUUCAUACAUGAAGUCCCAGCUUUUCUUAUAUAUAACAAUUAGUCUGUCUCAUCUAUUAAUGUACCACAGAAUAUAGAUUUAAACCGCAGCAAUGUAAUUUACAACAAACCCAAACUUUUGAUCUGAAAUACGACACCCACAGCACGGAGAUUUUUUCUUUUAUUCUUAAAAAACUGUGUUAUUAUGCUACUAAUAAUCAGCAAGGAAAAUACACUAAGAAUCAUGUAUACAGUCGUUUAUAAUUACCGUGGAAACGAGUGUCAGUGUGUGUCAGUGAAGGAACUCGACGAGAGAGAAGCAACAGUGGUGGAGGUGCUGCAGUCUGGGUUAAUGUGGCAGUUAUCACUCGUCUUGGUGAUCCUCACUUCGAGACUGAACAACAACAUUAAUCUUAUAAUAACGUAAGAGUCUAUGAUAACCAGACUGUUGGUAGCAUUGUUGCGAUCUUAGUGUGAUGUAAGUGGCUCAGAAAACUUGACAAGAUGAAGAAUGAGACACUUGUCUGACAUUUGGAAAUCUUUAGUGAGGAAACUUUUCGCUAUCCAGUGACUUCAGUAUAAUACAGAGAAGAACAAUGGAAGAUGAGAAAGAGUUUGAGGUAAUCAGUCCCUCAG